CUAUCGGUAUGACCUUUGAGUUGGACAGCAGAAAGGCGAGAACCAUGGCGGCGGUCUUGUUGGCGAGGUUGUGCUUUCGCUGUGUUGUACGCUUUUCUGACCGAGAGUUCAAGCGUUGAAGAAAUAACAUCGUGGAAAUCAAAACAGACGGAGACAUGAGCCAUACCAGUGAUUCUAGCGAGUCAGAUGACGGUGGAGACGAUCAAGAAGGGUCUUCUUUCUCGGAAACGAACAUCGAGGACGCUCUGACAUCCUUCAGAGAACAAUGGCAACGUGAAUUAGAAAUAUCACCUAAGAGGGAUCAAUCCAAGAUGCAAUCUGCGAAAGCAGUUAAAGUUGAUGUUUCUAAUGAUGAAGACUCCAUUGAAAGCAAGGCAAAAAGUUUGUUCUUAAAAGGAAUUGAAUAUGAAGAAAGAAGAAAGUUCUAUGAGGCAAUUCAAUUUUACAAACGUGCUGUGCUAUUAGUUCCUGAUAUUGAAUUUCGUUUAUAUGAAUCAACUAAACUAAAGUCAAGUGAUGAUAGUCACGAGGGAUUUAAUAACGACAUAAACAAUAUUGAUGACAAUGUUAAACGUAAUGAUGAAGAUGAAGAAGAAAGUGAUUUGUUUGUUAAAUUAUGCAAAAUUGUAAAUCAAAAUAAAUGCGUUUGUUUCCCCAAGUUUGAGCAAACUACAACACAUAUUUCUGCUUUACCUAUGGAAAUAGUACUUUAUAUCCUAAGAUGGGUUGUAUCUUCAGAGCUUGACUUCAGGUCUCUUGAAAUGUUCUCCAGAGUAUGCCGUGGAUUUUACAUAGCUGCAAGAGAUACAGAAAUAUGGAGACUUGCCUGUAUUAGAGUAUGGGGAGUAAAUUGUGGUACCUAUAUUCCAAAAUAUCAAUCGUGGAGAGAUAUGUACAUACAACGGCCUAGACUAAGAUAUAAUGGAUGUUAUAUUAGUAAAACCAGUUACAUUCGUGAUGGUGAGAAUAGUUUCCAAGAUCGAUUUUAUAGACCUUGGCAUCUGGUAGAAUACUUCAGGUACCUGAGAUUUUUUCCCGAAGGAAAAGUUUUGAUGCUAACUUCGACUGAUGAAGCCCAAAGUUGUGUAAAUUCUUUAAAAUAUCGCACACCACGGAAUCCAUCGGUUCUUAUUGGCCACUAUAGAUUGCACGAUAAUUGCGUUAUUCUGAUACUCAAGAAACAAGAAAUAAAAGGAGUUAAUACGUAUAGAAAGAAGAAAAAGGAGACUAUGCAUGACAGCGGAGAACAAACAUUUCAUAUUGAAUUUGAAAUUCAGGAUCAUCACAGACGGUUAAAUUCGCAAUUGAAAUGGCUGAGUUAUACUAUAUUCACAAAAUACAGAAAUGGACAUGAAGCAAAAAUGUGCUUAAAGGAACCAUCUGUAAGAGAAUGGAGAGUAUCGGCUAUUGGAGGGCGAUAUCCAUCGCUUAAAUUUAGCAGAGUUAAAAGUUAUACUCAAGAAAGUGAAGCUCCUCUACAAUAAUUAUAACUGAACAAAAUUAUUCUCGUGCAGUGCAGAAUACAUAAUAGAACUGAAAUUUAAGAGAAGACUAUAUUCUUUGAAUGAUUGUUAAAUCGUGUACAUCGCGAACACGUACGUUAAUGUUACAUUCUUCUGCUUAUAAAAAUGUACUAUAAACGAGUCGUAAUGAAAAAGAUACUUUAUUCUUAAUUUAUUAUCAAAAUAUUUCUUAAGUAAUUUUUAUUAACCUACUGUACAAUUCUAAGUUACAGUUUUCUCUUAAAUUCUACCAACUACACUAAUUGUCACAUGAGUAACAUAUUGAACGAUUCAUAGAUUUAAUAUAUUGUUUGUUAUGCACUUGUAUGGUGCUUUGUAUGAUUUCCAUAUAGGUGCUUUUAUUUUAGAAUAUUGUUUCCAUAUUUUUAUUUAUUUAUUAUUUAUGAAAUUUCCAAUAGAAAUAGGAUCAAAGAUAAACAAUUCCAAAGCAAUAGAAUAUAUCAAUAAUUUCAAUCAGACUGUUAGCUAUUGAAGCAUACAAUUGAUAUCGACGAUCAGAUCCGCAAGGACAUAUUUAUGCGCGAUAUAAUAGAUUAAAAAUAUAUUUAUCUAGCACGCAUUACCUACCGAUAAUUUUUUUCUUAGAUAAAAUUUAAAUUUCUCAAAAUUCUUGCGGCUCUGCUCCUUGUGAAUUUUACAUAGAACUUCGUGUCAUAAACAUAUAUAUUCAAUAUAUGGAAGUACAUAUAUGGAAGAAACUGAAAUACGAUUAAUAUAUAUCAAUUAAAUUUAUACUGUUUAUUUUUUAAUCGUAAGACCUACUGACUGCGGAUGUAGUAGGUUAAUUUACACCUGUGUGUGUAAUUUCGAAUGUAAAUGAACCGAUUGUAUAUCCUUUAUUCCCGACAUCUUUAUAUGAAUGAUGAAUUUAUGUCUGAAUAGUUAAAAUCUCUGUGAAACUAAAAGAAUUCCGAUUGAUAUUUUGGAACAGUUUUAUUCGCUUAGACGAAUGGUAUUAACAUUACGACAUGAUAUGUCGAAUCAAAGGAACGAAUGCUCGGGAACACGUCUUGUAAAUUAUUACAGAUCUUGAACUCUUAUAAUUACAAUAAUAAACGUAUUUUUGAUGUG